CGCUUACUCCGACUGAGCGAAGGGGCGUCUGCCUGUUUGUUCUAAGUUACAUCUGAUUUAACUUAACAUUAAUGCGAUCUAAUGACCAAAGAGGAGACAGCAUACUACCGGUCCUUUCCCGUCAAUAUAGCACAUCUGUCUAUUCUAGCUCAAGAACCGAAAAGUCGACGCUUGCAUAAUGGGUCCUUUAAUUGAAAACUGCCCGUUUGAUGUAAUCAACGAGAUAAUCAACCACCUGGAGCCGGACGCGAUCCGCAGCCUCAGGUUAAGCUGCAAGACUCUGGCAAUCAAAUCCUCCUCAUCAUACGGCGUCAAGGCCUUGUUCCGAUCGAAACAUAUCGAAUUAACAGAACAGGCGCUUCGUGCAUGUGCUGUGGCAACGCAGGCCGAGGGACUCUGCUGCCAUGUAAAGGAAGUGACUCUGAGCGGUAUUGCCGGCGGCGAUGAUGACGCACCCCGACGAACACGGCAAGGGGGAGUGCAACUAUGGAGGAAAAACAAAGAAUUCUUGCUCAGCCAGUCCUUCAUCGCGCUCAAAAGAAAUGGUCCCACUGGAAGGCUUGCGUCGUUGUCCCUCAAGGUAGCGAUUCCCCCCCAUCUCAAAGCGAGGAUUGAGCCCGCCAAUCCGCGCGGAGAAUAUGACUGGAGACCCUUGUCGGAGGCAGCAGUAGACGCAUUUCACAUUACUUUCAGAGCGUUGGCGACAAGUCAAUUGCGAAUCGACAGUCUCAACAUGUUUAAUGGUCCAGGACAGCAGCGGCGCAGCUUACCUUGCAAUGCGCUCAGCAAAGUUGAUUGGGACAGCGAGGGCCUGGUCGAGUCUCUCUCGUCCAUGCGAUCACUCUCCAUCAGCCUUUCUAAUCGAGUCUACAAGCUUGAUGAAGACGAAAAAGGGCAUGUCAGAACUGAUAACGGGACAACACGAGGAUCUCGAAAUCACUACGACGAAAAUGACGUAUCCAUAGCUCAAGAGGAAAGAAAUUUUACGGGACUCGCAAGUCUCUUUCAACUCUCGAAGAAUCUUGAGAGCUUCGAACUCCACUACUUUAGCCAUCGCGGGGAGCUUCAAGGACUGCUAUAUUCUAGGGACUGGUGCCAUGAGCGACUCCUACAACGUCUCGUCGCCCUAAAUAGUCUGCCAAACCUGACCCGUUCUACGCUUCGGGGUAUCUACGCUACGGAGACUGACUUGCUUGCAUUCAUCAAGCGGACGAGAGUCAGCGAGCUCUCUCUGGAGAGUGUCACCCUAUCGUUAGGAACAUUUAGGUCGAUCUUUGAUUACUGCACAAGCUCAGCGACCUCAAUCACCAAGUUGAACUUUGACGUCUUGUACGAGAUGGGUGAACGGCCAUCGCAUAUGGUUCUGUUCCUCGGAGCUGGACCGUCGAGGCUUGUGUAUGGUGAAACCGGACUUGGAGGUGAAUCACUAGAGCGGGGCAGGGAUGAUAUCAAUCAACCUAUUUCUUACUAUACGCUUCGGUCGCGUCUAAUAGGAAGUCCUACGGCGUCUAGAUGGGCGACGUUUCGGAUUAGAGAGUAUGGGAGUACGUAGUAACUAUGUUCUGUCCUAUAAAAAAAAGAGAGUACUGCUACUACAAAAUAUAUAUAUAGAUUAGCACUUCUAAUAAGUAUAGCAUAUCUCAUAGAAUAUAUAUAUAUUAGAACUAUAAGGGCUAUUAGAGCCAUUAUAGUUUUAAUAGUCUUGAUCCUGCUAACAGUACACAGCGGCACACAUGCACACAGCCUUGAGCUUAUAUGAACGAG